AUGGCAGGCUACAAACAAGGACAGACCGUUCGGUACAAGCCCAUCGGCGGUCCCGACUCCAAUACGCCCGAGAGCGUUGGAAAGAUCAUGAAUGUUCUCACCGAGCCUGGCCAACAGGCCGGCCGGAACGUGCAGGCGAGCUCCGACAACCCGCGGUACGAGAUCGAGAACUCAAACACUGGAAAGACGACGACCGUCUAUGAGUCAAACAUCCUCGGUGUCGAGUGAGAUGGAUAGGAGAGGGGUCGGCUACGUGAUGUAGCCUUUCAUUGAAUAUGUAUGAUUAAGUUCUGCAGGGAAUAGCCAAAUGCAUGGAGUUAAACACCGCAUGUCCGCACAUCCUCCUCGAUUGGACUAAUUGUGCCCCCUUUGCCUCCUUCAUGUUUGCCCAUUUUUGGAGUUCUUAGGGGCUUAUAUGAGAUUUUCAGCCUGGUUCAUACCUCAUCAGCGGUACAGAACCACCGCAGCCGGCAUAUUCACAUAUCUGAGACAAAAUACCUAGCCACUGCAGCUGCUGAGCACAAGGCUCGUACAUAAGUGUUCCAGGAAUACGAAUCCAAUGAACCAGUCAAAUCUAGUUCGCCCUCCUCCCCUAUCCUGUUGUUUCCCAGCAAUGCGAGUGCCUUUUGAGCACUCAGGUGCAGACCGCCGAG